CAACGCAUCGCCAUGACCACCUGCUGGAUCUUCAAACAAAUAUGAUACCAGAAACAGUGUGCUUUCGCCAUCGGACGGGAACGUGAAAGAUGCGUACUUGUAAUUCAUCCUGAAGCAGUUUAUCAGUAGCUAACCGUGAAGUUAAUGCUACAGACCCGAUACUUGUUGUGCUGAUAUACAUAUAUACAUUGGUGUUUGUGGCGUACAUCUAUAACAAACCCCGGCUAUUUCACUCAAAGCCUCAGUCGGAGAAAAUAUAGGGAUUCUAAUCAUCAAUAUCCUGGUUGCCGUGAAAUAUGUUCUGGUUCCCAUGGCUGCUCAGCUUUGCCUUUAGGGAAGUAGCAUCCAUCCGUAGCUCCAUUGAGGUAACGACAUCGAAAUCGGGGUCUUUUUCGCUUGCAAAUGAGAAGGGUGUCACGGUGUCGGACAGAAAUUCGAUUCUAUUUACUGUCAAAGCGUGCUCUGAUGCCGUCAUUGUCCUCUCUGACAUCGCCAGCAUCAGUGACGAUCAGGGAAACUACUUCCUCCUCAUGAUAGGCAAAUCUGGAAAUUCGUCACAGGUAAUGGACAGCUGUUUCACGUGUCCUAGGACGAGAGUUGUUCCUGGGAAGUUCGUGGACUGCAAUGUUGCCAAACCCUUCUGGCUUCACUGGGAUGGAAUAGGUCUGUUCGAAUUUGGCAAGGGUAGGGUCAUUGGCAGACAGACGUCCCUGACCAUGAACGGUCGUAAAGGAACCUACAUGACCAACUUCUUGCAGAUUACGUCAACCGGAAGCACGCCUGCCGUAUUUUCAUUUGAAAAAGAUCGUCCUCUGACGUUCACCUCGCCGAAGCAAGACGGGAGCAGCAUUGUGUCUGUCAAUGAAACGACUCCCGUCAACUCGACAUUGCUGGUGAUCAGUGAGUCACCAUCAUCAACGAAUAUAACGAUGUCAGUAGCAGGCGAAGGUCACGAGUUCUUCUACGUUGAAGGCAGAGAACUUCGUGUGAAGGAACAACUGGACUAUGAAACCACCACCUAUUAUGCACUUGUCGUAACAUCGGACGUGGGGAAAUCCGUGGCAGUUCUCAUCUCCGUGCUUGAUGUGAAUGACGAGACACCAUCCCUGUCGAUCAGCCGCCAUGUUGACAUCCCAGAAGAGGUGUCGGUGGGCACGGUGUUUGGCGGGAUAUACAACGUCAGCGACCUCGACGAAGGAGAUAAUCUCACACUCACGUUGUCCGGAAAUGCAUCGACCCUAUUUGAAGCGACUGGUGAUGGCCAUCUCAAGGUCAUAAAACGUCUCGACCGAGAUGGACCAGAAGGCACGACUUAUAUUAAAAAUGUGACCUUGACAGUAACUGACGUAAUCGGACACACCGUCAGUGCCAUGUUUGACCUCAACGUCCUUGAUAUAAACGACAACUCUCCUGCCUGCAAACUGGACUAUCAUAACCGGAGCAUUGAAGAAAACAACCAAGACGAUAUCAUCCUGAUGAAUCUGACAACGAUCUGCGAUGAUAUGGAUGCUGGAGAAAACGGGAACUUGACAUACACAGUUCUUGGUGAGGAGUGGGUUAUGUCAUCGUUCGCUGUCCGGGAGGGGGCGCUAGUCGCACGUGCUCACGGCCUGGACAGGGAGAACACGAGUCAGUGUGACGUCACAACUUUCUUUGUCCUAGUUAAAGACAAUGCCAAGAGAGUUAGAAGGAAAACAUACAUCCAUGUCAACCUCAAGGUAAUCCCUGUAAAUGAGUUCCCUCCUCGCUGGAACUCUGCACGUACAGGUGGACCUGAUAAGCUGGAUACCAUCCAUGUGUACUCUGCCGCACCCACAGGGAGCGUCAUUGCUAAUCUGGCAGCUACAGAUGAAGACGUUGGAGAUGGUCCUCUUGUGUAUAGCAUCGCAGCAAUAAAAACUGCUGAAGGGAAGGAUGGUUUUAAUUUAUUAUCAGUGGAUAACCUCACUGGCGCUGUGAGCGUGAAGAACUCCCUAACGGGGGCGAAGUCCCUUCUUGUCAAUGUGGUGGUCUCAGAUGGGAAGCACAAAGUCAAGGCCACGGUGUCGGUCUCUGUGUCAUCUCUCUCUGCCAACAGCAAACCAGUUUCCAAUACUGCCUUAUCUCCCCUUGGUCCUGAUUUUGACAAACGUCUUUACACCAUCGAUGCUCCAUCUUUGACAGACAAAGGGCGGUCUGUCCUUACAUUCACAAUGAGGAAUAUGGCAACUUGGCACACUGUUAGAGUAGACAGUGCAUCGGUGCCAUUCUUUAGCAUCAGAAACAUGAGAGAUUGGCAACUCGUGUUUUCAGGAACGUACAAUGGCCAAACUCCAAUACCAAACAUAGUUAAGUUAUUUGUUCACAACACAAAAACAAAUCUGGAUCUAUCAACAUCGUACGUUGUUUUAAAACAGAAGAAAUGUGGAACUACCUCAAAGUCUGAUACGUCACAUUCAAAUGAUGGGAAAGCAUCAAAGUCAAACAUGAACCAUCUCAUAAAACCAAGGGUGUCAACAAAGAUGGCAGAACAUCUCUCCGGAGACACCUCCAGUCAGAUGAGGGAUCUGAAUCCAGGGAUAAAGCCAAAGGCCCAAUUAUGCAUGCCAGCCUACUCGAUGACUACCAAACUUCUUAUGGCAGCAUGUGGCGGCCAGGGGGCAAUUCUUGGCGGAGUUCUCAUGAUCUAUGUCUGUAAAAGACUCGGAGGAGAAAAGAAAUCUACCGUGGUGCCGGUUAGGAAGGAUCCCAUUGGCUGUGAUGAAGUGUGUGGGACAAAGGAAAUACCAAGAAAGACUCCUCAACUACUGGAGAAGUCGGGGAGGGGGAGUCACACGAAACAGUUGAAAGAUGUUGCACCAUUUGAGGAAGAUCCCACAGAUAUGAUUAUAGAUCUGGAGGAUAAGGAAAAUGAUGACCAGAGAGGAGUAUAAAAUAGUGUUGCGCGGUGCGAGGUGUGGCCAUGCAAGACGAUGGUGCUUUUUGUGCGGGUGAUGGAGGAUGCUCAACGGUAUAUCUGCUCCAGAGUUGUUCCUCUGAUUCAUGACUGAAUUCAUUGACACAUGAGUAAUAUCCUUAUAUGACCAUGCAUGGCUGCAAUGGUCUCAGCGUCAAGUUGGCUUGCUGGCGACAUCCAAACUGUAAUUCUGGUUCUCUCAAAAUGUCCUGUUGAUGGUCACUGAACAGGCAAGUUUCUUUGUUUGUGGAGCACUCAUCAAAUUCACAGUCCAUGGUAAAGGAUGUUCUAUGACUGUGCUUCGCACUGUGUUAUACAGUGCUGUUCAAGUUUCUAGUUCGACGUUCUGUUCAGUAUAACGGAUAAUUUGUUCAUGUCUGUAUACUUCUGCUGCCUUGAAAUCAACAGGAAGGAGUUCUUAUCAAUACAUCAUGUAUUUUAAUGAACAAUAAACUUACCUUUGAUUUUGAUAUGAUCAUAUCAUUAUCUGGGA